CCCACAGCCCGGGCGGGCAGGGAUGGGACUUCUCUGGAUGUCUUUUGACUGUCUUUUGUUCCUCUUUGUGUUUUUGAACGGUGUCUGAAAGGGAGGCAGUAUAUUGUCACUACUGACCCAUCCUGAAUCUUCACCCCACUUCAGAUCACUUCCUUCAAAUGGACAACACAGGGAUGAAAAGAGGAAUCGUGAUCAAAGAUGACUGGCCUGGUUACAGUCUGGACCUCUUCACAUACCCUGAGCACUAUCAUGAAGACAUAGAGAGUGUUUACAUUCCUCACGGUGUAAUCAUGAACAGGAUCGAGCGUCUGGCUCGAUACAUCAUGGAUGACUUUGGGGACAGUAACAUCAUGGUGCUGUGUGUCCUGAAGGGAGGGUACAAGUUCUGCGCAGACCUGGUGGAGUUCAUUAAGGUACUCGGGCGAAACUCCAACAAGUACCUGGAGACAAGGGUGGAGUUCAUCCGUCUGAAGAGCUACCUGAACGACCAAUCAACAGAAGAGCUGCACAUCAUAGGAAGUCAGGAUCUGUCUUUCCUGCGAGGAAAGAUACAGCCAAUGUUGUUGCCAUGGAGGAGAUCUAGCGUGCUCAUUGUUGAGGCCAUAGUGGACACAGGAAAGACCAUGAAGGCCCUUCUGAAGCAUGUGGAGACCUUUGAACCCAAGAUGGUCAAGGUCGCAGGUCUGCUGGUGAAGAGAGUCCCAAACAUGGCAGAGAGUCUGACUGACUAUGUUGGAUUUGAAAUCCCAAAUCGCUUCGUCGUCGGUUAUGCCCUGGACUACAAUGAAUACUUUCGGGACCUGGAGCAUAUCUGUGUCAUCAGCAAGACCGGGAAGAUGAAGUACAAAGUUUGAGGAGAAUGAAAGCCAUAAACAAAGAAACAGACACAUAAAGGAAAGGAGAGCUGACCACCAGGACUGGACGUUGGUGACAGAUGGAGAGAGCUUUUGGACGUUGGCAUCCCUGUGCCCGGAUGGUGCCCCGCUCUGACUCAUGGAAAACACACAGCAGGCACAGACAUGUGCACGCUUUGUUUGUUGGCCACAACUGUGAUUAGGCUUUAACGGGAAUCAGAACAAAAUGCUCAGAAUUCAACUCAGCAUUUUGCAGAAAUGAAGAAUAAAUUAUUGUGUUCAGAAUAAA